CCUCCUCCUCCUCGCCCUCCGAUCGCCGCCACCGCCUCCACCGGCUGAGGAGCGGGGAGUCCGCGGCGCUGGCUUGGGGCUGCGGGAUGGGGAGUUAGCGGCACGGCGGCGGCAGUGGCCGCAGCGCAACCGGCCGCCGCCCCCGGGUCUGUCCCGCCCCGGAGCCAGGCCCGCGGGCGGCGGCGACGCAAGAGCUGGGCAGGUGGAUGCGGCUGGAAGAUGGCGCCCUCGGGCCCGGGCAGCGUCAGGCGGCGGUGCCGGCGGGUGCUGUACUGGAUCCCGGUGCUGUUCAUCAGCCUUCUGCUUGGCUGGUCCUACUACGCCUACGCCAUCCAGCUGUGCAUAGUGUCCAUGGAAAACGUUGGAGAACAAGUUGUGUGCCUGAUUGCUUAUCAUCUACUUUUUGCAAUGUUUGUCUGGUCAUACUGGAAAACUAUCUUUACAUUACCAAUGAAUCCUUCAAAAGAAUUCCAUCUCUCUUAUGCAGAGAAAGAAUUGUUGGAGAGAGAGCCAAGAGGAGAAGCCCAUCAGGAAGUUCUUAGGCGAGCAGCCAAAGAUCUUCCCAUCUAUACCAGGACCAUGUCUGGAGCAAUCCGAUAUUGUGACAGAUGCCAACUCAUAAAACCAGACCGCUGCCAUCACUGUUCCGUCUGUGAUAAAUGUAUUCUGAAGAUGGAUCAUCACUGCCCAUGGGUGAACAAUUGUGUUGGAUUUUCAAAUUACAAAUUUUUCCUCCUUUUCUUGGCUUAUUCUCUGCUGUAUUGCCUUUUUAUUGCUGCUACGGAUUUACAGUAUUUUAUCAAAUUUUGGACAAAUGGCCUACCCGAUACUCAAGCCAAGUUCCAUAUUAUGUUUUUAUUCUUUGCUGCAGCUAUGUUUUCUGUCAGCUUGUCCUCUCUGUUUGGCUAUCAUUGUUGGCUAGUCAGCAAAAAUAAAUCUACAUUAGAGGCAUUUAGAAGUCCUGUAUUCCGACACGGAACAGAUAAGAAUGGAUUCAGCUUGGGUUUCAGUAAAAACAUGCGACAAGUUUUCGGUGAUGAAAAGAAGUACUGGUUGCUACCCAUUUUUUCAAGUCUAGGUGAUGGCUGCUCCUUUCCAACUUGCCUUGUUAAUCAGGAUCCUGAACAAGCAUCUACUCCAGCAGGAUUGAAUUCGACGUCGAAAAAUCCUGAAAACCAUCAGUUUCCUGCAAAGCCAUUGCGAGAGUCCCAGAGCCACCUUCUCACUGAUUCUCAGUCUUGGACAGAGAGCAGCACAAACCUGGGGAAAGGCAAAGCUGGUAUGAGCAAUCCUGCAUUAACCAUGGAGAAUGAGACUUAACUCUUCAAACAAAAUAAAUUCAUACUUUAUGAAAGUAUCAAUGCUGUAGGUGGAUGGAAGAGGCUUCCCACUGGAAGGCACCAUUGGCCUGUUGUUCCCAUUUCCCUUUGGCUGGAUAUGCAGAAUAUGAAUUGGUUAGUUCUCUCCAAGCCGUUGCUUAAAACAUAACACCUUUUUAAAUCCAAUAUACAGAUUGUUUCAACUAACACAAAUUCUUGUUAAAUAUUAGAAGUAAUUAAAGUUUAUGGAUCAAGGGCAAAAAUAUCUUCUAUCAUAAAAACUUGGAAUAAAUUCAUGGGCUAAUUUUCAACCAAAUGUUUGGGUAGUACAGUGUAUACACAUAAAAAGCCCAUUAAUCAUCUGAUUUUCUGAUUCAGAAAAUUGAGCCUAUUAAGAUACUGAAAUUUAAAAGAUUUCAAAUUAUGGUAUAAUGACAGCUUUAUUUGUUACCUGUGAGGUGGAGGUAGCAUUAUCAGACUUGUUCCUUCCCUCUGUUGUGAAUCCAGCCCCAGACUGAGUGAACUAGAAUGACUAUGAAUUCAUUGCAAAUUUUAAGUAGCCUUGAAGAUUACCACCAUUUUUGCCAGACUUUAAUUCUAGCCUUUGUUCACCGCGGGAAAAGAAGUACGAUCAUUGAAGCCUGAGCUCACUGAUAAGCAACUAGCUAGCAAAUUUUUGUCACAACUAAUACAUUACUAUUACAUCCAAAUUUUUGUCACGACUAAUACAUUACUAUUACAUCCAAAAUUUAUUUUUCAUCUCUUCUGACCUUCUUAAAUUGGGGGAAAAUCUAUAAAAACAAUUACGAAGAUUGGUU